CUCCCUCCCUCCCUCCUUCCCUCCUUCCUCUGGAGCGGGCACAUCGAGCUCAGGGGCAACAGCACAGACACCCAGCCUUAGAGUACACUGGGGAAUUUUUGAUCCAAGGGGAGGUGAUAGGUGUUUAGGAGGACAUGAAGAAUUAGAUGCUGUGCACGGUCUCAGGAGCCUUGGAUCUGAAUAAGCCUGUCAAUUCUUGUUUUCGGGCAGGGCGGUGGAAGAAAGGGCCGUGUAAGAACUAAAGACAAAAGGAAAGCACACAGAAGCCAUUAGGUUCAGUGUUCCAGCUUUGAAGUCCCUAAUAUAUUUUGGCCCAUGAAAAUGGAUUAAGAAGAUGUAGGAUAAUUCUGAAUAACAGACUUUGCCAAGCUCUUUAUGCAAAGGAGAGAGAAAAGUCUCCUAAAAUGUGAUACCCUUAAUGGAAACAAAUGUCAAGUAAAAGAGGGUGUAGUAUCCUAUUCAGUGGUGAAGAAGCCCCUAUUAGUAUCUCUAGCACCUAACCUUUAGAGAAAGUUUCACCAUCUAAUGUGCCAGAUCUUCUCAGAAUUUUUCCCAAAUUUUUUCCCAAAUUUAGAAGCUGGAUCCCACAAAAGGUGACCAGGCACUGCAAUAGUAUCUCAACAGUCAGAUUCUUCAGACAUGUCUCAAGCAGCCUUUGCAAGAAAACCUGCCUUCAAGGUGUGCUAUAUCUGUGGCAGAGAAUUUGGGUCACAUUCUAUUGCUAUACAUGAACCUAAGUGCUUAGAGAAGUGGCGUAUUGAGAACAAUAAUCUACCAAAGCACCUUAGAAGGCCAGAGCCCAGGAAACCUGAGGUCAUUACUGGUAGUGGUUCAUAUACACUUACAGAUGAAAAUGAAGCAGCUUAUUAUAGUGCUCAAGCCCAGCUCCUGCCCUGUAGAAACUGUGGCCGAACCUUUUUUCCUGACCGUCUCCCUGUGCACGAACGGUGUUGCAAAGGGGGUAGCAGUGGUGUGAGGUUACCAAGUGCUACUGCUAGUAAAUCUGGUAAAGCACCAAGAUCUGGAACUGGCUCAGCACGUGGUGAACCAUCUAAGGCCCAUGAAGGAAUGAGUGGGGCUGCACCAGCUGUAUCAGACCAGGCAAAAGUGGUAAGACGGCCACCAACAGUCAUUUGCUACAUAUGUGGCCGUGAGUACGGAACAAAAUCUAUCAGUAUACAUGAGCCACAAUGCCUGAAAAAAUGGCACCAGGAGAAUAACAACCUCCCCAAGCACUUGAGAAGGCCAGAACCCAAAAAGCUUGAAGUCAGAACCGUGCAAGCCAAAGGUUUCUAUGAUCUUGAUGCUUUAAAUGAGGCUGCCUGGACCAGUGCCCAAAGCCAGCUAGUUCCAUGUGAUAUUUGUGGGCGUACUUUUCUUCCAGACAGACUGAUCGUCCACCAGAGGUCCUGUAAACCAAAACCUGCAAAGUGAAGUGGAUGUAACACACAUGCAUACAAAUGCACGUCUGCUCACGCAUACACAGACAGACAUUCACACAUUUAUCCUAAGCUAAAUAAAGUGUGUGUGUGCAUGCACAUGAAUACACAAACAUGCACAUUGUACCUUUCAGACGAACCACGAGAGAAAUAAAAUUUAUCUGGAGAGAUAUGGUCACCAAAACUUUAUUGUGUAAUGAUACCAUGUGCUCCAGAAUUCUCUAGAAUAAAAACUAGUAGUUGCUGCUAAAGUGUAAAGUCAAAUACAGAAAACGAGUUCUUUGAAAAUUUUGCUUCUCCUCUUUUUGCUUUUCCUCUGGUUAGUGUAAGGACCUUUAGCUGAACUUGACUAUCAGAGAGAGCAAGUAGCUCCUUUAAAUUUGUUCAUAUUUGUUUGGCAACAAAUUUGUUUGUUUGUUUUUUGUUUGGAGCACUCCAGUGUUCACAUCCUUGUGUAACUACAUCUCAUGAAGCCCUUGACUGUUACAAAUGAAACCUUCCCAUGUAAAGGAAUCCAGUUGUAUGGUAGAAGCAGACACAGGCUGUUUUUAAAAAACACCCAGAAGUGCCCUCUUUUUGCUUAAGAAUGAUACUGACCAUGUGAUUUAUCCUCAGGUCAGUAAACUGAUCAUUCCAAAAAAUAUAUAAGUCAGGGAAGCACAUCUUGGUCAUGAACUUUGUAAAAGAAAACAUUUUAAGGUCAAAACAAGCAUGAUGUGCCAGAUGGCUGGCAUAAAAUACCACCCUGCCCUCUGUACCAAAUGUGGCUAUAACAGAGAGCCAGUGCUGGCUGGAAGGGUGGGUAUUAUACAAGAAAGCCAAAAAGAAGGUGUUUGAAGGUUCUAUUUUGGAAAAUGCUGUUAUGUUAUGUAGAGGAAUGAGUGCCAAAACACAUCGGUAUAGGAAUAGGCUAAACACAUAAAUGAAGUAAUAGUCCCUUUUACAAGGUACAGCAGAGAGCAAUUAUUAUUUUACUUACUCUGAAGCAUUUUAUUAAGUGGUGAGGUUAUUCAAAAGGUAUGACAAAAUCCAGUACAAGUUGUGAACUAGCAAUCUAGGUUUCCUGAUAUCAUGAAAGAAACUGUACCUCAUGUAUGGGCUUAAGGCCUAGAGUCGUCUGUAAUGUAUUAUGUGAUUGAUGUGACUUUUCUCAGAGCAUUCACACUUACUAUUAUACUUACAAAUCAGAGGAAGCGAAUGCUUUCAUAUACACUAAAAUGAAAUAUGAGUACCAACAACUUUUCUUUUCCAAGCCAUCAAGCUCUGUGAUUUGUGGAGUAAGUGAAACAAGAAGUAGUAUCUUUGUUCUGUUAUUAGUGAAAUGCUCCUGGCUCCAGCCCUGGAGGGCUGUUAAUUCAGACUGGAGAAGUACCAGCAUUCUUUGGUGAGAAUAAUUUCCAAAACAAUCAAUGGUACCUCAGCAGCCCUUUCAUGUUUGGAAUGAGGAUUGUAUAGUCUGAAGAUAGAUAUCUUCAAGAGUCAAAGGUUCAGUUUCUGUUCUACAGAACAAAGCUGUGUAAACCCUGCAGAUCUGUUCACAGUGUCUCCAGCAAAAGAAGAGGUGCUGUUGGAGCUGGACCAUUGCCACUCCUUCUCCUUUUGGCUGGGACAAGGCUUGUGGCCUGUGGACAGAAGAACAGGGGCACUAGUUCAUGAUUGCUAGACUGCCUUCUAGGAGCUGCUGGCUGGCAACACACACUACGAGCCCCUUAGGCUGUUUUAAGUCACACCAGUUGCUGGCUCACCGACAAAUGGUUUGGUAAUUGGAGGAUUAUGGCUGUCAUACAAUCUUACUUUGUGUCCCCUCUUCCUCGUCUUGGAAUACCUUCUUUUCUUAGACACAAUAAACAUUUUUGGGCUACAUCUGCCUCAUUGGGUCAUUGAGAUUCACUACAACCACUUCAAGAGCAAAAACAUAUUUUAAAGAAAUGAAGCCUUUGCAGAGUCAGUGCAGUGUUUGGCAUUAAAAAUUCAGCUCUGCCACUUGGUGGGAUUCACAUAUUGGAGUCCCUGUGUCAUUCUGAAAGUUGGACUUAGUCUCUUGAUUAUUUUAAAUCUGUCAGAGAUAUCACCCAGAACACUUUUUCUGUGUUUCAUUGUCAGCUCUACACUUGCAUAUUUUUUGGUUUCUGGAUUUUUUUCCCAAAAAGCAGUAAAAUCUGUCUGAUGAGCUGAAUGUUUUUG